CACUUGCUUGCUGCGUUAAGUUGCUCGUCGUCGUCAUCAUCAUCGUCGAACGUGGAAGCUCAGAUAAUAAACCAGGUCGCAUUUGACCAUGUUCUCGUCGGGAUCUCCUGACGGUUAACCGGCGUUCCUCGUCGGGCGUCCGCCUUUUCAUUUCAAAUAGAUAUGAUUCCGUUUUGAAAACGAGAGUAGACUCUGCAUUUCGAAUCACUUGUUGUUGAUGAUGAUACUUGAGCUGAACAAAACGAUGAUGAAUAUGGAGAAUCAUAAACAGCCAUCAUUUGAGUGUGUGAGAAAAAAAGUAUGGAGGAUUGUUGCCUAAGAAGAUUCCCUUUCAUAUUAAUCUAAGGGACCAUGAGCGUGCCUUCUUUGACUCGGCUGAUUGGGCACUAGGAAAGGCGAAUCUUGCAAACUAACUAUCAUCAUUAACUCUCUUUUUUUUUCCUGCUACUCUCUCUUUCAAUGUGGUGUGCAGUUUACAAACGAGUACUUUAAAGUAAAAGUAAUGCACAUCACAAAAGAAGAAGCCAGUAGCUUGAAUUCGCCAUUUUUAGUCAGCAAUGAGGACAAAACUACAGCCAACCCCGCACCAGCAACCAAGAGCAAGACGAAUGGCUUUUAUCUUCAGAUAGUUUUUUAGAUAAAUGAAUUCACAACCUUGUAUUCUUGAGAUGCCAUUUGACAUAAACCAACUCAACUCAUUCAAUGCAUGGUGUGAAAUCAGACGCUGAGGACAAUACAAACUUGAAAGAUGAAGACGGCUAUAUAGAGAUUUCUUGAGGAGCAAAACAGACAACAUCACAAGGCCAAUCAACACAAGAUAAAGUGACCAGGUCUGCUUUGCAAAGGUUGUCCCUUUACAUUAUCCAUCCAUACUAUCAAAUCUGUAUCACCACCAUAAGAAACUUGUUGUUUGAAACGUCUAUUGGACGAUUUGCAAAUGGUUUGCUUUUAGUGACCCAUCAAACUUCUUGCUAAUGAUUUUGAUUCUUUACACAAAUCAACUAGUUAACUCAUACCUUGCUUAGACAUGAGGCCCAAGAUUACAGUAAUAGAUCUAGUAGAGAGACUAAAGGGCCGGUGUGAGCUUUUACCCAGAAGUGGAGUCCCUCAAGUCUCAACCUUUUUGCGGGGUUAAUGGUGGAAGAAAAACCAUGCAAGUCAACGUCUUAACCACUUGAUUAAAAAAAAUUUAAAACUGUUUUCUCUGCUAUUUUAUUAAUCAAUUCAAGUAAGGUUGCUCGUUCUUUGCCUUGUAAUGCUAGAUCAAAGAUUGGCAUAAAAGUCUCCCUUUUCAUGGCUCUUGUUUGUCCUUCUUCGUCUUUGCCUCGCAACUGGAUACACGAUGUCUUUCCAAGCAUCCACGGGGCAGAUGUUCGCACAACGUUUCUUAGUCACGUUCUCAAGGAGUUCAAAAGAAGAGGAAUCGACACGUUCAUCGAUAACAACAUCGAGAGGAGCAAAUCGAUCGGUCCCAAACUCCUGGAAGCUAUCCGAGGGUCGAGAGUUGCGAUCGUCUUGCUCUCUAGGAACUACGCUUCUUCCACAUGGUGCCUGAACGAGUUGGUGGAGAUUGCUGUGUGCAGAAGAGAGUUUGGUCAAACAGUGAUGCCCGUUUUCUAUGAUGUUGAUCCAUCUGAUGUGAAGAAGCAGGCCGGAGAGUUCGGGAAAGUCUUUGAAGCUACUUGUAACGGUAAAACAGAGGAGGACACUUGGAGAUGGAGAGAAGCUUUGGCGGAAGUGGCUACAAUAGCUGGAGAGCAUUCUAGCAACUGGUGUAGUGAAGCGGAGAUGAUUGAAAAAAUUGCUGCUGACAUCUCAAACGUGGUGAAUGAUUCUGUUCCAUCGAACUAUUUUGAAUCCUUAAUUGGGAUUGGAGCUCACAUGGAAAGGAUGCGGUCGUUGUUAAGCCUAGAAUGUGAUGAAGUGAGAAUGGUAGGGAUCUGGGGUCCUGCGGGAAUCGGGAAGACGACCAUCGCCAGAGCUUUAUAUGAAAAGCUUUGUAGUAACUUCACACAUACUGCUUUCAUUGAGAGUAUAAAAGGAGGUUAUACUACACAUUACCUCGACAACUAUGCAUACAUGUUGCAGUUACAGGAACAACUUUUAUCCAAGACACUCAGUGAUAAGGACUUGAAGAUAGGUCACGUGGGUGUUGCACAAGAAAGGUUGAAAAAAAAGAAAGUGCUUAUCGUUCUUGAUGGUGUGGAUCGGUUAGUCCAACUAAAUGCAAUGGCAGACAAACCUGAAUGGUUCGGCCGUGGAAGUCGAAUUAUCAUUACAACGCAAGAUCUAAAGCUCUUGAAAGCACAUGGGAUCGAUCAUAUUUACAAGGUGGAUUAUCCAAUUGAUGAAGAGGCGCUUCAAAUCUUCUGCAAGCACGCUUUUGGUCAAAACUCCCCUAAAGAUGGUUUUGAGGAGCUUGCGCUGGAAGUUACAAACCUUUCUGGGAAACUCCCAUUGGGAUUAAGUAUAAUGGGCUCCUACUUCCGGGGAAUGUCCAAGCAUGAGUGGAUCAAUGCAUUACCAAGGUUAAAGAGUAGGCUUCAUGACGAUAUCAAGAGUAUUUUAAGGUUUAGUUAUGACGCCUUAUGCGAUGAAGAUAAAGAAUUAUUUCUCUACAUAGCUUGCUUUUUCAAUCUUAAAAGCAUUCAGACACUAGAAGAUCAUCUGGAGAGGACAUUCUUGAACUGGAGUCAUGGGCUUCACAUCUUAGCUGAGAGAUCUCUAAUAUGUCGCGAGUAUGGAUUUAUAAAGAUGCAUAAUCUGCUAGUACAACUAGGUAGAGAUAUUGUUCUUAGCCAAUCUUUUCAUGACCCUUGGAAACGUCAGUUUUUGGUUGAUGCUAGAGAGAUUUGUCAAGUUCUCACUUAUGAAACAGGUAGUGAAAGUCUUGUGGGCAUGGAUCUUGACUUAUCUGAGAUCAACAAAGAAUUUAAUAUAAGCAAAAUAACCUUCAAAAGAAUGUGUAAUCUCCAGUUUUUAAGAUUCUACAGAAGAUUUGAUGAUAAAGGUAACUGCAAAUUACACUCACCAGAAAAUCUGAAAUAUCUAUCUCCAAAACUUAGUUUACUACACUGGGAUUACUUUCCGGCGACAUGCUUGCCUUCUACGUUUGUUACAGAGUCCCUCGUGGAACUAAACAUGCGUAACAGCAAGCUUAAUAAGCUUUGGGAAGGAGUUCGACCUCUUCAAAAUCUCAAGUGGAUGGAUUUGAGUCAUUCAUCAGACUUGAAAGAGCUUCCUGAUCUCUCAACUGCCACUAAGCUUUUGAGUUUGGAUCUCAGUUAUUGCACAAGUUUAGUGGAACUACACUCCUCAGUUGGGAAUGCAACUAAUCUCUUGAUAUUGAAUAUCGAGUAUUGCAAUAAUCUGGUGGAGAUUCCCUCCUCUGUUGAGAAUAUUCCUAAUCUCAAGAUAUUUUUGGCUGGGUGCUCAAGUUUGGUCAGUCUCCCUUCUUGUAUAUGGAACAUCAGUAGUCUCAGGACUUUUAAUCUCGACAAUUUCUCUAGUUUGGUCCAGAGUCCCUUAAUGUGGAAUGCCAAGAAUUUUCAGAGGUUAGAUCUCAGUGGAUGCUCAAGUCUGAAGAAGCUCCCUCCUAUUAUUGUAAAGGACAGUAAGUUCUCACAGUCGGCAGAAUUCUCGUCCUUCACUAGCAUCAAAAAUCACAAUAAGUUCUCACAGUCGGAAGAAUUCUCGUCCUUUAUUGCGAGCAUCAAAAACCUUCAUGAAUUGAUUCUUAGUAAUUGCUCAAGUCUGAUGGAGCUUCCUGCUUCUAUUGAAAAUGCCACUAGUCUACAUACAUUGGAUCUUAGUGGAUGCUCAAGUCUGAAGACGCUCCCCUCCUCUGCUUGGAAUGUCAAAAAUCUUCAAAAAUUGAUUCUUAGUAUUUGCUCAAAUCUGGUGGAACUUCCUGCUUCUAUUGAGAAUGCAACUAAUCUAAUGACACUGGAUCUUAGUGGAUGUUCAAGUCUGGUGGAGAUUCCCCCUUAUAUUAGAUAUGUCACUAGUCUAAGGACAUUGGAUCUUAGUGGAUGCUCAAGUUUGGUGAAGCUCCCCUUUGUUUGCUACGCCCCUUGCCUCAUGAUGUUGAAUGUCACUGGAUGCUAAAGUCUGAAGGAGAUCCCCUCCUCUAUUGCAAGACGUUGUGAGUACAAACCUGGUUUCAUUUUGAAAGGAUGGUCAAAUCCAAAGGCUCUUCCAACCAAUCGCGACUUCUAAUCUCUUGAUGCACUUGAUCUCCGUGAAAGGACAUUAGCCAUAAUGCGAAUGCCUUUAGCCUCAGGCGAUAACAUGGAAGAUACCGAGACUGACAACAACGAACCUCUCGAUGACGAAUCUUGCGCAUCAGCUGUUGACCAUACCAACUUAAAGGAUGGUGGAGGCACCGAUGCUGACGCAAAAGACAACAUCAGAUCGUAAACAAACAUUCAGAGCAAAACAACACAAUAAUGGUGUUUUCCUUCUCGACUUUACCUUUCUAAAGUAACUUUUUGGGGAUGUUACCACCAUUAAAGUUGAAGCUGAGAGAGUAUAAGUUCGUUCCUAACAACCUAGAAUACUUGCUUUCCUUGAAGUUAUCUGCGUCCUCCUCUUUCUGCCGUUUUUAUCACUUCUGUUCUUCACAGUGCUUUGUGGUCAAAGGUGCGGACGCAAAGGUUCAUUUCAUUUAGGACAGUCCGUUUGUUUUAUCUUACCAUUAUGUAAAACUUUUAUAUGUGAACGUGACAUAAUAAGCUUUAUUGUGGUUUACUCUUUUCCUUGUUGUUUCCUUCUUGGCUUAACA